UGUGUUCCGUGCGCAGUUGCAGCGUCAUUGUCAGGUCCUGUUUGAAUGAAGUUAGGGAGUCGCCACGGACACCCACUGCACACAGGUUUUGCGCCCCGGCAUUUGGACUUCUUUCGCUUCAGAUAAGACAGGAAAACAGAAGAAUGCCUGUAUUUACGGUUAAUGUGAAGUGGGGGAAGGAGAAGUUUGACGCAGUGGAGCUGAACACAGAGGAACCGCCUAUGGUGUUUAAAGCGCAGCUCUUUGCGCUGACUGGUGUCCAGCCAGAGAGGCAGAAAGUGAUGAUUAAAGGAGGGACCCUAAAGGAUGACGAGUGGGGAAAUAUCAAAUUAAAAAAUGGAAUGACGUUCCUGAUGAUGGGUUCUGCUGAGGCGCUCCCGGAGGAGCCGGCUGUGCGGCCCAUGUUUGUGGAGGACAUGACUGAGGAGCAGCUCGCUUCAGCCAUGGACCUGCCCUGUGGACUGGCCAACCUGGGAAACACCUGCUACAUGAAUGCCACCGUGCAGUGUCUCCGCUCUGUGCCUGAGCUCAAAGAGUCUCUCCGCAGGUAUUCUGGUGCCUUGCGGUCAUCAGGAGCUAACGCACCUUCUCAGUACAUCACAGCAGCUCUGCGAGACCUCUAUGAGGCCAUGGACAAGACCUCGUCCAGUGUCCCUCCCAUUAUCCUGCUGCAGUUCCUGCACAUGGCCUUCCCGCAGUUCGCCGAGAAAGGAGAUCAGGGCCAGUAUCUCCAACAGGAUGCCAAUGAAUGCUGGGUUCAGAUAAUGCGGGUUCUCCAGCAGAAACUGGAACCUCUAGAACCUGAAGCUCAAAUGGAGACAGGUGGUGAUGAGGGCGGAGCCACAGCUUCAGGAACAAAGAAGAACUUCAUUGAUCAGUUUUUUGGGGUGGAGUUUGAGACCACUAUGAAGUGCACAGAGUCAGAAGAGGAAGAAGCAAGCAAAGGCACAGAGAGCCAAUUGCAGCUCAGCUGUUUCAUCAACCAGGAGGUCAAAUACCUGGCAACCGGCCUUAGAUUGCGACUACAAGAAGAAAUCACAAAGUUUUCUCCGUCCCUACAAAGAAAUGCUCUCUAUACCAAAUCGUCCAGGAUCCGGCGCUUGCCUGCAUACCUGACUGUCCAGAUGGUUCGCUUCUUCUACAAAGAGAAGGAGUCCGUUAAUGCCAAAGUGCUAAAGGAUGUGAAGUUCCCCCUAAUGCUGGAUGUGUACGAGCUGUGCACUGCUGACCUGCAGGAGAAAAUGGUGUCUGUGAGGUCAAAGUUUAAGGACAUGGAAGACAGGAAGUUGGAGAAACUUCAGCAGAAGGUCAGUACGAAGGUGGAGGCCCCAGGAGCGGUGAAGUUUGAGCCUUUCUCCUUCCCUGACGAUCUGGGCUCCUGCAACAGUGGUUACUAUGAGCUGCAGGCGGUUCUGACCCACCAGGGCCGCUCUAGCUCCUCUGGCCAUUAUGUGGCCUGGGUCCGACGGAAAGAAGAUGAGUGGGUGAAGUUUGAUGAUGACAAGGUGAGCGUUGUGACCCCGGAGGAGAUCCUGAAACUGUCGGGGGGCGGAGACUGGCACAUCGCCUACGUACUGGUGUACGGGCCGCGGCGUCUCGAGGUCCUGGACGCUGACCAGCAGUGAACAAGAACACGCGUACCUACUUAAAUGUCAUUUCAAAGCACUGUCUGCAUAGAUGUGCAAUAAACCCUGGUGUCUUUCAAAAGUCCUCUUCAUCCAGCCGCCCAGAAGCCGCUCACCCAUCAGGUUAAGUGGGUUUUUUCCUCUCCAUCACCAGGAUUUGGGGCAGUACUCAGCCUUGUUCUUGGAAAGGUUUUCUCUUGGUUUAAAAUGUUUCCUAUAUACACAGCAUAUGUUUCUGAAGACGGCGACAGGGUGCUCCUGCCGUGCUAAUUAGAGGUUGUGUAACUGGUUAAUGUGGAUGACUGACGGGGCGUCGAGCACAAGGAGGGGUGCACCUCACCUGUUAUCGGGGGGCGGGGGGGAAUUUGUGUAUGUUUAAAUGGUGUAGGACUUUGCGGUGGGCUUUAAUACAGAAGUGCAUUCUGAAGGUGUUUUUAUGGCGAGUUGUUCUGAGAGAACUGCCACACUGCCACCACAACAGAAAACAACACUUACCUGUUAAGUUAUUGACUGCUGGCUUUUCAUAACUGGUGAUUAAAAAAAACUAAAAGUAA